AUGGGGUCGCCGACGGUGACGGCGAUGCGGCAGAAGGAGUCUGGCCAGGAGCGGGGGUCGCCGACGAUGACGGCGAAGCGGCAGAGGGCGGCUGGCCAGGAGCGGGUGCGGGCGACGGCGUGGGCGUGGGCAGUCUCGACGACGGAGGACGUGUGCUUCCUCUGCAAAGAGGGCGGCAACCUCGUGGAGUGCGACGAGGGCACGAGCUGGUCCCGCCGCGUGAAGCUCAAGCUCGAGUCUCUGGGAAAACCGCUUCCCGCCCCCGGCACCGCUUUCUCGUGCUGCGGGGUCUCCAUGGAAGGGCCGAGCAACAGCAGCGACGCCAAGGGUAAGGCGGCGGAGGAGGGGGCGACGGGAGGAGCCUCCAAGGCCGCGGCCAAGCCCCCCCGCUGCAAGAAGGUCUACCACGCUUACUGCAUGGGGUUCAACGUCGGGGACGACGAGCUCAGCAGCUGCCCGAGGCACGCUUGCGUGGAGUGCGGGGAGGCUGCGGGAUACUUCUGCAGGUUCUGCCCCGUAUCUCUCUGCGACAAGCACUUCCGCACCGACUCUUCCGGCAUGAUCGCCGAGACCUACGAGUCCCUCAAGCACCGGGUGCGCCGGCCAUUCCCCCGCACAAGGGGCGGCGGCUUCGGCCCCAGAUCACGCACCCAAGCCGGCGGCACCGGCACCGUCGCCGGCGCCAACAGCAGCAGCAGCGGCGGCGGGGCGGGGAGCAGGGGCGGGAGAGGCAAGCGCGGCCGCCCCGGCAGAGGACGUAGAGGGCGUGGCGGCGGGAGGUGGUCCGUACGGGAGGCCCGGGUGGAGGUGACUAUCGCUCAGCGCCGGCCGAAGCGCGGCCAAACGGCGACUACAGCGGCGCCGGCGCUGGCGCCGGCGCCGGCGGUGGCCAGCGUUAGCGGUGGCGGUGGGGGCGGGGACAGGAGGUCGUGCGGCGUGGGGUUGCCGGGCGGGGGAGCCGGGUUCGGGGAGCACGACUUUGUGUGCACCGGGUGCAAGAUGGCGACGAAGCGGGCGGUGCGGCAGUACGGACUGCUGGGGUCGCUGGAGACUGGCGGCGUGGUCCUGCCGUACGGGGAGAGCGAGGGGAGCGGCGACGAGACCGAGUCAGACAUCCUACCGGUCACCGCUCUGCCCCCACGAGAUUCCGGCGCCGCAGCGAGCGGCGGCAGUGGCGAUGCUGGAGGCGGACAGGAGGAUCUCGUGUCAGCCCCGGGCGGUGCAGGUCUUGCCGGGGAGCCGGAAGGCGGCCACAAUAUCGGCGAUGGUGCCGUUGGUGGCGGUGCCGGUGUCGCCAGUGCCGUUGUCGCCGGUGCUGCCGCCGCCGUCAGCAACGCCACCGUCGCUGCGGCGGUGGCGGCCAACAACGCCGCGGCGGCGGUCGCGGCAGAGAAGUACUUCUCCAUGUUCACGAGGCGAGACCCCCCGGCGACGCCAGAAGUAACAGCAGACGGUGGCGAUGCUGGUGGUGGUUCCGCGGGCGGCGGCGGGGGCGAUGGCGACGUGGAGAUGGGCUGACGAGCACCCACGAAGAUACCACGACCCAAGACUCUCCACAGCAGCAGCAGUCCCCUCAGAAGACAAGCAGCAGCAGCAGCAGCAGCAGCAGCAGCAGCAGCAGCAGCAGCAGCAGCCGCAGCAGCAGCCGCAGUAGAGGCAGUACCAGCGGCGGCAGCAGCAGCAGUAUUCUAGCAGCAGCGGGAGGGAUUAUUCACGGUACGAUUGGACAGUGUUUGACGAAGGGUGCAGGCAGAGACGGAAAACGACGAAGGAAGCACGGGACACAGGGGUAAGCAUGAUGGGUGGGGAGCNNNGGGGGGUGGGCAAGUAAACGAACUUCUCGAGUCGUUUCUUUUUUGUAGAAAUUGUACUAAAUCAAUCACUGAAAGACUACUACCUGUUCGAGACUAUGCCACAGCAGUCGAAGGGAUAUGUCGCAAGUCAAAAGGCGAGAAAGGUUCCGUAGGAAUCUUGCCGCUUCGUCCUUGUCUUUUCAAUUUCGAUACUUAAUUGGUGUUCAUGCGCUGGGUAUCAGUGGACGUUUUGGUUUGUUCUUUCCAACGAUGGAAAAUGCGCCUGUUUCUUUUCCCUUUUUACGGCAGUCGUGACGACAGCUAACUAGCUGAGGAACGCACUUCUUCGCGAGAACGCAAAUUGUUCUUUGUCUUUUGGCAGAUGUGUGCCAUAUAUAUUGUCGCCGUGUGUGAUUGUGCCUCCCGUUUCCAGUGCUUGCGGACCCGAGGAGGGGCGAGGGGGGAUGACCCUCAAGAAGAACCUAGGGACACCCCUCCCCGGCAUAGCAGCGCGCACGGUGUGCCCCCCCCCCNCCCCCCCCCCAGGAAAGUUCUUGUGUUGUUUCACAACGGAGGCCGUUCCGAUCUCUCUACCCAGUACCUUGAUAUGUCCGUACCGAUCUACAUACUGCUGUAGCACUUGAUGCGGUCUACUCCCGUGGUCACACGGUGUGGUAUGGAGGAAUCACGAGCGGCAAAGUGAUGCGUUUGAAGUUAUUAAUCUGAUUGCUACUGGAAUAGCUAGUACGACCUUGCUUGCUACCCGGGUACAUACAUCAAAGCGUGUGAGGGAUGUGCGGCGCGGACAUCUCGGGCGAUUGGACAUUUAGUUGACUAAUUGGUACUGAGUGAUCGCGCAGGUAGGUGCUGUCUGUUUCCACGUUUCGCGUGAGACUCUGGAUCCAUCUGUCUUCAAAACAGUUCAACGGCUGCCGGUUCGAGAGGGAAUUGCGAUUUCUACCUGCUUGAAUACGAAAGCCUAUCUUGGGAGGCCAUACGUUGUAGUAGCUCUCCCCAGAUGCGCGAUGGAAUCGGAGGUAUUCGUCGACGGUGGGCGCGUGUAGCCUAAGACCUCGAGAGGGCGUUGUUCUUUUGUUUCAGCGAGGACUACCCCGGUCCCCUCUCGAAAAGCUACUAAUGAGUACGCUGCCUGUCGAAGUGGUGUGUGUGUUCUGGCUUGGUGUUGUAUGCGUGCAGCGAGUUUUUUUCAUGCGACAGGUGUUUUCCGGAUGGAGCCUACGUUGCGCUGUCUCCUCAGGCAAGAUGAGAAAUCUCGCUUCGCUCGAAUCAAAUGAUAGCAACUUAACUUUUUGGC